AUGUACCUUUUGUUAAUUAUUAACAUUUUAUUAAAUUGCCUGCGUUUUCUUCAAGCGCAAGAGGAUUGCCCAGCGCUCAACAAUGGGGAUAACUUAUCGCAAACACAAUUAUUGGAUCGCUUGACGCACGGCUGCCGCUAUGAUCGCCUGGAACGACCUAUAACCUAUACAGAGACAGGCACACGCUUGCCUGUCGAUGUUUAUAUGCGUGCCUAUAUAUAUUUUAUGCAGAAUUUGGAGGCGCAUGAUUUGCAGUUCAAAAUCUUUGCACUGCUGCAGAUGCGCUACAUGGAUCCUAGGCUAAGUUUUCGCAAUGUCUCGCCCAAGCGCUUGCAACCCAUAUUGGGUGAACAGACACUAAGGGACUCGCUCUGGAUGCCACAUAUAUUCCUAGCCAACGAGCGUGACUCUAGUAUUUUGGGUACUACGGAAAAGGAUAUACUCACCUCCAUCUCCCCCGACGGCACUGUCAUUGUAUCUACACGCAUCAAAGCCACGCUCUAUUGUUGGCUUAAUUUGAAGAAAUUUCCAUUUGAUGAGCAACAUUGUUCCACUGUGCUGGAGAGCUGGAUGUAUAAUACGUCAGAGCUUGUGUUGCACUGGGAACAAAAGCGUCCCAUUACGUAUGAUCCAGCGCUGCACUUAACAGAAUUUAUACUGCAGAAUUCCUGGUCAAAUGAAACAGUUAUUAAUGCCGAUCUCAGUGAUUUGCGACAUGGCGCAUUUGCAGGAAAUUACAGUUCGUUGAGCUUUACGGUGCACUUGAACCGCGUUGUGGGCUUUUAUUUAAUGGAUUACUUCCUGCCCUCCAUGCUCAUUGUGGCACUAUCCUGGGUAUCUUUUUGGAUUCAGGCAGAUCAGGCACCACCACGCAUAACCUUGGGCACGAGCACACUGUUAACCUUCAUAACGCUAGCCUCAGCGCAAGGCAAAACUUUACCCAAGGUUAGUUAUAUCAAGGUCUCGGAAGUCUGGUUUCUGGGCUGCACAAUUUUCAUAUUUGGCAGCAUGGUAGAGUUUGCUUUUGUCAAUAGCAUUUGGCGUCGCAAGCGAAAUAUUCCACUGCGCAAACUCAGCAGCAAGCAUAUUUUAAAGUCUACACUGCCGCCAAACCUCUCUCGUCGACGCAGUCAUGCUCGAUCUCGUUCUUUUUCUGGCGCCAGCGCACGUCAGUUGGAUGGCAAUGCUGCUUUUAAUAACUAUUUAACAGUUAAUUUGCCCAUAACGCCAAUAAUGGAGAAUAUAGUAUUGGAGCCGCAGCCAAAGCGUAAAUCCAGCUUUCAACAACUAAGCGGCAACAACCGGAAGCUGGAUGUAACAUUCGUGGAGAGUGGAGAGAAUGCAAUGGCGACGACUUCCACAGCUGCUGCGCCAUCUUUAAACCGAUCAAUGACUGAUAUACCCAAUAACAAUAAUAUUCCGGAAGAUUUUAGUCAUGAAGAGCAAAUAGCGUACACUGGUUGGACAACGCUGACACCACAAGAGAUUGCCAUUUGGAUUGACACCAGAGCACGCUUUAUGUUUCCGCUGGCAUUUUUGGUGUUUAAUAUGUUCUUUUGGACAUUUGUUUAUUGUAUUUAA